AUGCUUAUUAUAAGGCAAAUUGUUGAAACUGCUAAAUCAGCAUUAUUUAUUUGUUCAAUUUGCCAAGAAAGUAUUAAAAAUCCUGAAAUCCUGCCGUGUAAUCAUAGUUUUUGUGCCAUUUGUUUAAAAAACUAUUUGUGUAGCAGUCCCGUUAAAAACAACAAAUUGGUCAAUUGCCCAAAUUGUUCAAAAGCUGUUACCAGGCGAUCAGCUUAUUCUGCGCCGGAUAUCGAAGGACAAUUGUUUCAAGAUCUUAUUACGUUAUUAGAAGCUGAAACCGGUGUUGACCAAACACUUAAUCAUAUCGAAAGUAAAGCAACCGUAAAACGCAAUAUUAAAGUUGGAAAUCGUAAACGAAGACUUUCAAUUGCAAAAAAUGAUAAGUUAUUAGAUACAGAAACCGACGAUGAUGUUUUAACGGAUGUUUGCAGAACAGAUGUACCUUUGACAGAAAACAAUUUAAAAACUAAGAAAUCCACUAAAAAUGUGAAACAAUUAAGCAAUCCAAAAAUACAUAAUGAAAAACCCACAAAACCAACUAAAUCGGCCAAUCGUAAACGAACUCUUUCAGGCUCAGAAAAGAAUUCAAUAACAAAAAGGAAGAAGGGUGAAAUAGAAAAUGUUGAAAAUAAAGAUUUAUCAUCAGAUACUAAGAAAAAUUUAGUUAAUAAUGUAGACUCCGAAGAAUCAUCAUUGAAAAAAAAGAAAGUUUCUACUAAGGCAAGUCGUACAGAAUGUGAUGUUGAAUCAUCGGAAAUAUCAAAAAGUAAUCAAACUGGGAACUUUGAAAAAGCAAACAAAAAUACAGAUAGUAACUCUCCGUCAAGUAUUCAUCCUUUUGAAGAUAUGAAUACGAAAAAUAUUAGAACUUAUGAACGAAAAUAUAAACCAAUUAAUAAUUUAACGGCAUCCGUUAUAGAUAGUGAAGACGCACUAGAUAGCGUGCAAAAAGUUGAACAAUGGUUGGAAGAUUUACCAUCAGAUACUUUAAAAAGGUCGAAAUCUUUAACACCCAUUAAAAAAUCCAAAAACGGACGUCCUAAAAACAAAUCUUUAAAUGAAAUCGGUACAAAAUCAACAACGGAAAUUGCUAGAAAUUUAGAAUCCGAAGUUUUAAAUGAUCUUUUACAGUUAGCAGUCCCAAAAUCAAACAGUAUUAAAGAUAAUUGGACACGAGUGAAAAAAGAAUUUCGUACACCAAAAUUUAAAAAAUUGGACCUUUCAACCGUUAAACCUUCGAAUCGUAAAUCUGGUGGAAACAAAAAACCAUCGAAACAAUCAGAUAUUAUUUGUAUCGACGAUAAAAAUUCGAAGGAUUCAAACAUAAUGAACAAAUUAGUACAGAAAUAA